GAGUUAAACGCUUCGCUUUAAGAAUUUAUAUCAAAAUGAGGAGAGUUUUGAUAGUUUUUCUCAUUAUUUAUGUUAUAAAUACAGCAGUUGGUAAUUCUCGUUUCGCUGCUUACUUGCCUGCAUUCGAAGAUUUUAUAAGGGAUUUUGGCAGAGUAUACGAAAGCCGAUUAGAUGAAGCUCGAGCUUUUAAAAACUUUGCAAGAAAUAAGAAAUUUAUCGACGAUUGGAAUGAAGAGAAUAAUUAUGGAGAAGAUGGUGCCGUUGUUUUGGAGAUUAAUAUGUUCGCUGAUUGGUCGAUUGCGGAGUUGGAAAGAUUUACUGGAAGGCCAAGAAGUGGAAACCUCGGUGUUGGUAAUGCACCACCAUCAAGCUCCAAUGGAGAUUUCAACGAUAUUCAUGAAGUGUUCAUGAAAAUUCCUUAAUCUAUACAAUUAAAUAUCGUUGAUUGAUUAAAUAAAAUAUUCAAUUGUUGUCUGCUACGAUUUGUUCUGAAAGCAACAUUAAUCUCAACAUAUA